GCCCGAGCGCCGAGAGCUCCGCCGGGCACGGAGCGCUGCGCCCGGCGCCCAGUGCAACGUCGGCGCCCGGCCCGGGGGCGAUCGGCCCCGUCGCGCCCCCGGGUCUGUCCCCGGGGCGCCAUGGCCCGUCGGAGGCCGGGCGCGCCCGCGGGGCCCCGGGCGCGGGAGGACGCGCGCCGCUGAGCCGGGCGCAGCUCGGGGGCGCCGGUGUCGGGGCGCGGGAGGCCGGCGCCAUGGAGCCCCCGGCCGCGCCCGCCGAGAGGAGCCUGUCGCUGUCGCUUCCCGGGCCCCGCGAGGGCCAGGCCACGCUGAAGCCGCCCCCCCAGCACCUGUGGCGGCAGCCGCGGACCCCCAUCCGCAUCCAGCAGCGCGGCUACUCCGACAGCGCCGAGCGCGCCGAGCCCGAGCGCUCGCCUCACCGGCCCAUCGAGCGCGCCGACGCCGUGGACACCGGCGACCGGCCCGGCCUGCGCACCACCCGCAUGUCCUGGCCCUCGUCCUUCCACGGCACCGGCGGCGGCGGCGGCGGCGGCAGGCGCUUUGAGGCAGAGAAUGGACCCGCGUUCUCACCGGCCCGCAGUCCCCUGGACUCGCAGGCCAGCCCGGGCCUGGUGCUGCACGCGGGGGCGGCCGCCAGCCAGCGCCGGGAGUCCUUCCUCUACCGCUCCGACAGCGACUACGACAUGUCCCCCAAGACCAUGUCCCGGAACUCGUCAGUCACCAGCGAGGCACAUGCUGAGGACCUCAUCGUGACUCCAUUCGCCCAGGUGCUGGCCAGUCUCCGGAGUGUCCGCAGCAAUUUCUCCCUCCUGACCAAUGUCCCCCUACCCAGCAACAAGCGGUCCCCGCUGGGCGGUCCAACCCCCGUCUGCAAGGCCACGCUGUCAGAGGAAACGUGCCAGCAGCUGGCCCGGGAGACGCUGGAAGAGCUGGACUGGUGUCUGGAACAGCUGGAGACCAUGCAGACCUACCGCUCUGUGAGCGAGAUGGCCUCCCACAAGUUCAAGAGGAUGCUGAAUCGUGAGCUCACCCAUCUCUCAGAGAUGAGCCGGUCUGGAAACCAAGUUUCCGAGUACAUUUCUACUACAUUUCUGGACAAGCAGAACGAAGUGGAGAUCCCCCCACCGCCCUGCACCAAGGAACGGGAGAAGGCAGCCCUGCGGCCCCGACUGGCCCAGCACCCCCUGCCCCCGGGGCCCCAAUUUCAACCCAUGUCCCAGAUCACGGGGGUGAAGAAACUCUUGCACACCAGCAGCUUGAAUGACCUCAGUAUCCCCCGCUUCGGGGUGAAAACCGACCAGGAGGAGCUUCUGGCCCAAGAACUGGAGAACCUCAACAAGUGGGGCCUGAAUAUCUUCUGCGUCUCUGAUUACGCCGGCGGCCACUCGCUUAGCUGCAUUAUGUAUACCAUCUUCCAGGAGCGAGAUCUGCUGAGAAAGUUCCGCAUCCCUGUGGACACCAUGAUCACCUACAUGCUCACUCUGGAGGAGCACUACCACGCAGACGUGGCCUACCACAACAGCCUGCACGCCGCCGAUGUGCUCCAGUCCACCCACGUGCUGCUGGCCACCCCCGCGCUGGACGCCGUGUUCACUGACCUGGAGAUUCUUGCUGCCCUGUUCGCGGCCGCCAUCCAUGACGUCGACCACCCUGGAGUCUCGAACCAGUUCCUCAUCAACACCAACUCGGAGCUGGCGCUCAUGUACAACGACGAGUCGGUGCUGGAGAACCACCACCUGGCCGUGGGCUUCAAGCUGCUGCAGGAGGACAACUGCGAUAUUUUCCAGAACCUCAGCAAGCGUCAGCGACAGAGUCUGCGCAAGAUGGUCAUAGACAUGGUGCUGGCCACGGAUAUGUCCAAGCACAUGACCCUCCUAGCCGACCUGAAGACCAUGGUGGAAACUAAGAAAGUGACCAGCUCAGGCGUUCUCCUACUAGACAACUAUUCCGACCGCAUCCAGGUACUCCGGAACAUGGUACACUGCGCCGACCUCAGCAACCCCACCAAGCCACUGGAACUGUAUCGCCAGUGGACAGACCGGAUCAUGGCCGAGUUCUUCCAGCAGGGUGACCGGGAGCGGGAGCGGGGCAUGGAGAUCAGCCCCAUGUGCGACAAGCACACAGCCUCUGUAGAGAAGUCCCAGGUGGGGUUCAUCGACUAUAUCGUACACCCGCUGUGGGAGACGUGGGCUGACCUCGUCCACCCCGACGCCCAGGAAAUCCUGGACACCCUGGAAGACAACCGGGACUGGUACUACAACGCCAUCCGCCAGAGCCCGUCCCCGCCGCCCCCCGACGAGGAGCCCCGCGGCCCGGGGCAGCCGCCGCCCGCCGACAGGUUCCAGUUUGAGUUGACGCUGGAGGAGGAAGACGAGGAGGGCAGGACCACCCCGGCCGCGGGUGUCCAGGAGCCCGCGCGCUUGGCCUGGGCGGCCCGCGGGCCCGCGAGGGAUGCGGAUGCGGAUGCGGAUGUGGAUACGGAUGCGGAUGCUGAUGCUGAUGCGAGCGGUGGCGCCCCGGCCCCGCCUGCCUUGAGGACCCCCUCCCUGCCCGAGGCGGCCCCGGGCUUCCCCGGCCCCCCCUGCACGGCGGCCGAGGGGGGGCCUCUGCAAGAGCUUCCGGCUGCCAAGCGGGAGAAGGGGUGCAGCGUCUGCGGCGGGAGCCCGGGCGCGCCCCGCGAGGAGCCGCCCCCGACCCCUGCCCGUGGCGGAUGGGGUUCCCCUGGCCCUCCCUGAACCCCGGCCGCCCCUGCCUGCCUCCCCAGCCCCCCCGCCGGCCCCCCACUUCAUCUCUUCCACUGCCUCACAGACUCUGGGGCCUCCUGAGAAAAAAGAAAACAGAAAUGUGGGUUUUUUUUUUCUCUUUUCUUUUUUUUCUCCUUCCUCCCCACCCCCCACCGCCCGUAGGGGCCUCUCUUUGGAGGUGGGGGCUGGGGAGCGAGGGGCCCAGGGGCCCAAAGGGAUUUUAUUUUUUUGAAUUUUCAUUGUUACAUUUUUUUAGGAAAAAAGAAAAAAUAAGAAAAAAAAAAGAAACCAGACAUUUAACCAGGAUGAAACUCAGCUACUGUAGAUGCAAACACUCCCCCUCACCGGCACCCCUCUGCAGCCCCCCCCCGCGCCCCCCAGUUCUGUCUUCCGGCCUCUUGGGGUCUGGGUGGGCCCCGGCCCAAGCAGGUUUCUCCGACUCUGGGGGCACUCCAGUACAAACCGCCAGGAAUAGCCAUUGGGGGGGUCCGGAGUUGGGGGGCGGCCCCAGCUCCUGCCCCUCCCCCUCCCUCCAAGUUUUCUGCCUCAUUUUGCACAAACCUGGAAAUCCUGGGGGGCGGUGACUGUGGGGUCUGGGGUGCCAGGGAGCCACAGGCUGGCCAGCCAAGGCGUGGGGUAGGCCUGAACUGCCCCCCUCCCUCUGCUUCUCACCCCCUUUCCUUUUCCACUUGGGUUCUUCUGAAUUGUCUGUUUGGGGGGGGCUGGCGCCGAGCCGUGGGGCUCCCCCCCUUCUAGCUGCUUUUCCUCUUGUUUCUGCCUUAAGGAUCAGUCCUGGGAGACCGGAGGCGGGGGGAGGUGGGUCCAGGCCCAGAGCACCCCCUUCCUGGGCACCCUGCUCCCCACCCACCCCGCACCCCAGACCCUGUGUCCUGGGAGGAAGCAAUAACGUGUACCCCACGUCCCCUUUCUGGGCAGCCCACCUCCCCCCCCCCCACACACCAAAGUCCGUGCUCCUGGCCCCUGUCCUUCCCUUGCCCCCCCACGCCCCCCAAAGUCGUUCCUCCUCAGCAAUACGACUCCAGUGCAGGGGUCUCCAUCUUCCGCCAAGCCAUGGGGGGUGUUUGGAAGAAAAGCUCCCCCUUCCACCCUUUCUCUCCAAGCUCAUUGGUACUGUACCUCAAUUUACCCCUCUGUCCAUCUGUCCGUCCAUCCCAGCUGGGAACCCCCCCACCCCCCACCUCCACGCUAUACAGGGUUCACUUUUGGUAGCGUGACCAAGCUGGGCUAUAUUUGUGGACUUUUUUGGGGGGGGUGUUAUUUUCUGUUUCUUUUCUUCCUUUUUUUUUUGUACAUACUGUAAGGUUGGUUUGUAAAUUAUUUUAGAGGCAAAAAAGGGAAACAAACUAAACCAGCCCUUCGUGUGGUUGAGCCAGCCACGGAAGGAGGGCGUGAGAGGCAGGGCGGUCUCCCGGCAGGAGAUGAGCCCCCUCCUGUUGUAUUAUAUUAACUGUACCAUAGACCCCCCCCCCUUCCGGCACGGAUUUACUGCUUGUGAUGGGAACUUGAGUCAUUGAAGCAGUGAGGGGAGAGGGGGGCACCCAGCUGCACCCCUAUUCCCCCAGGCCAGGUGGCUCAGACUGGGGGGACCCCCCACAUCAGGACUCCUACCCCUGUGGGGGACCAGCACGGGACGGGCACCCAGGAGCUGUUGGCCUCUCUGCCAAUCGAUCAAUCCAUCAUCGAUCUGGAGACUGAGAAUCAAUUCCCUGACCGUCUCCGAUUAAACAGGCUUUUCCCAGC